AUGGAUGUUGCUUGCUGUUACCAGUGGGCUUGGGAUGCAGACCCGCUCAAGAAACGCAUGGACAAACGCCAGGCAUUCUGGAGGAAGUUCACCACCUUCGUGCAAGGCCUGCCGGCCCGCAACAUUAAGUGCAUCGCAGGAGACUUUAACUGUGCACUCAAGGCUCCAUCCAGACAUACGGGCCCAGGCUUGCACCCGGCUGCCUUUACGUACCCCGACUCUGCGGAUUUCGAGCAGGCUGUUACCUCAGCCAACCUAUGUGCUUUAAACACCUGGGGUCCUGCCAAGGACGCUUUUACUUAUCGGCUUGACGGUCAGGUCCCAAAACGUAGCCAGAUAGACUUCGUCUUUGCCUCUUUGCCACACACGGACAUGCAGGCCAAGCGGGCCCGAGCUGACCGCGACAUCAACUUCGCGCCUUGGCGUGGAGGCGGCCGCCACUUCGCGCUGAUUGCCAGCCUUCGUGUUGAUACCCGGCUUGCGCCAGCUGGCACUGAAGCCACCCAAAGACCGCUGCCCUUUUCGCGGCAGCUGCUUCGUGAAGCCAUCAAGUGUAAGGACCCGGUGCUUGACCAAUUGACACAUGAAGUUCACCACGAGCUCGGUGCUGCCAGGCCCACCGACCCCGAGGAGUUCAACGCCAUCCUUCUGAGGCGCUGUGCCGCCCUCUUUCCGUUGCAGCAGUGCUUGCCUAAGCCGCGGCCGGGGCAGAGCACGGAGGUUCGAUGCACCGUAAGCUCCAUGUGGGUUGCCUACCGACAGUUUAAAUCGGCUAAGACCUGGAACCCAGCUUUGACCCGACUGCAGAAUACCUUUGCAAUCCUUCGGGCGCACGCGCGUUUCCAGAGCGCGCGCCGCGAGUUGCGCAAACGCGGCCUUGCGAAGCGCAAGGCUGCAAUCCUAGAGGAGCUUGAGGCAGCCGAGGCUGCAGCCAAAGCAGGCGCCCUGCUAAGCCUAGACAUGAGCAAGGCGUUUGAUUUGGUGCCCCACGUGUACUUAGCCCGAGCCCUCCGACACCUCGAAAUCGCCGAAAACACCAUCCACAUGGUUCUUGCCUUGCACCGCACCCAGUAUCAUGUCACACAUAAAGGGCACACUGGUUGCAUAUCCUUGCGCAACGGCAUACGACAGGGAUGCACACUGUCACCGCUGCUUUGGGUAUGUGUGUCACAUUUCCUGUUGCAUCAGCUCUCGGAGCGCCUUGCCAAGUUCUCGCACCUUGGCCCGCCAGAGCCCUGGAUUUCACAAGCCGUGACAGCCUUCGCAGAUGAUUUCUUAGCAUCGUUUGAUCUCAACAACCAACAGGACCUCACCAACAUGUGUACCCGCAUCGGUUGCUUGUUUGCAGUUUUGGGCGAAGCCAAGAUGCAAGUGAAUCCGGACAAAUCCCAGCUGCUCAUCCGCUCGUCGGGCCGAGCACUUGCCAAGUGGGUGAAGGCACGUACCUUUAAACGUAAAGACCAGAAGCUCAUUAGGCUUGGGACCCCCUUUCAGCCCAUUGACAUUGGACUCGCCACCCGCAUACCCUACCUCGGUACCAUCAUGUCCUUUGAUGCCUUCGAGACCCAAACGGCAGACCUCCGCAUACAACAAGCCAAGACUGCUGUAGCCAGGCUCAGCCGUGUUCUUUUCAAGAAGCAGGGCCUCAGCCUCCAACAUCGCCUAAGAGUGUAUCGCACCUGUGUACGAAGCACCAUUAGCUACGGACUAGCCGUGGUCGGCACUUCUUCUCAGGCCCUUAAGAGGCUCACUAGCUUAGAGGCCCACCACGUGCGUUGCAUCAGUGGCAAUCCACGGAAAGAAGAAGGCGAGUCGGCGGAGGUCAUUUUCCAGCGGCUACAUUACACUAGUAUCUCAGUGUUUCUUGUCGAUGCUUCCAAACGCCGACUCGAUGCGCUGAUGUCAUGCCGCGACACCUACCCUGGCAUUGCAGAAGACAUACAGUGGCAGAAGACU